CCAUACAUACGCUUCCUCACACUUUUAUUACUAACAUCUCUCGACACUCCGUCCAAACAAGCGCAAAGUGGAACAUAUCCCACUAAAAUAUUUGUCAAUGAGCUAGCAUCCAUACAUGCAGCAAUCAAGAGCACUAAAUGGUCCCUCCAGGCCACGACUAAUGGAAUAACAAGCUUUCACAUAGGUGGUGUAGAGUUGUAGAUCACCAGGUAGUGAGAGGAAUAAGCAUCCAUGGCACCUCCUUCAACUCCUACACUAGUGGUGCCCAUAGACAUGAAAAAGAAGCCACACGAACAGGUGCUGCCGCUGCACAACCGCUGGCAUCCUGAUAUACCAUCGGUGGCAGAGGUCGAAACUGGUCAGCUUUUCAGGGUGGAGAUGGUUGACUGGACUGGUGGCGCAAUUCAAAAUAAUAACGACGCAAUUGAUGUCAAAACCUUAGACCUCUCAACUGUGCACUAUCUCAGUGGACCAAUCAGAUUGGUAGACAGUGAUGGAAUCCCAGCAAAGGCAGGUGACCUUCUUGCUGUAGAAAUAUGCAACCUGGGACCUCUACCUGGGGAUGAAUGGGGUUAUACAGCAACAUUUGACAGAGAGAAUGGUGGUGGAUUCCUAACAGAUCACUUUCCUAGAGCUACCAAAGCCAUUUGGUAUUUCGAAGGGAUAUAUGCCUACUCACCUCAUAUUCCAGGGGUAAGGUUUCCUGGUUUGACCCACCCUGGGAUAAUAGGAACAGCACCUUCAAAAGAAUUACUACAUAUAUGGAAUGAUAGGGAGAGAAAACUUCAAGAAAGUGGUCCUCAAUCACUGAAAUUAUGUGAGGUUUUGCAUUCAAGACCUCUUGCAAACCUACCAUUGGCAAAAGGGUGUGUUCUUGGCAAGAUUCAAGAAGGGACACCAGAAUGGGAAAGAGUUGCUCUAGAGGCUGCUAGGACUAUUCCUGGAAGAGAAAAUGGAGGAAACUGUGAUAUCAAAAACUUAAGUAGAGGUUCAAAAAUCUAUCUUCCUGUGUUCGUAGAAGGUGCAAAUCUCAGCACUGGGGACAUGCACUUCUCUCAGGGUGAUGGAGAGGUUGCCUUCUGUGGUGCAAUCGAGAUAUUUAUUUCAAGCCACCCGGAAGCGAUGUUUGAAAGGUCACUUUUAAACCUUGAGGCAUUCAGCAUCGAAUAUGCAAGGUGUGAAAUCAUAAGAAAUGGUAUGAAAGAGUACCUCACUCCGAUGGGUCCCACUCUGCUGCAUGUAAACCCAAUAUUUCAGAUAGGGCCAGUAGAGCCAAGGUUCUCAGAUUGGUUAGUUUUUGAGGGAAUCAGUGUCGAUGAGAGUGGACGCCAACACUACCUCGAUGUCAGUGUAUCCUACAAACGUGCAGUGCUAAACGCAAUUGAUUACCUAUCAAAGUUUGGCUACUCUAAGGAGCAGGUCUAUCUCUUACUCUCAUGCUGCCCUUGCGAGGGCAGGAUCUCAGGUAUAGUUGAUUCCCCUAAUGCUGUUGCAACACUAGCAAUUCCCACUGCCAUUUUCGAUCAGGACAUUCAUCCAAAAGCCAACAGAACUCCAGUAGACCAGCGGCUAGGAAGGAAUCCCGGACUCCCACAGUGUACUUAUGAUGGAGACUUGCCAACCACUGUAAAUCCAUGUUCUACAAUUUCACACUAGCAGCUGCCUAUAUGCAGUGAGCAUACUUUUUAACAUGUACUUGCACAAAUUAAAAUGUGAUAAACUGAAAGGCAACAAUUCAAAUGCAUUCUGCUCG